CAUGCAUCAUGCCUGCAACUCAUUCGUUGAUAUUGCAGCCGGAUCUUGAGACAGUAUAGAUAUUUUUCAUUCAAGUUCUGGUAUUCGAGUGCCGAGCACCGCCCACUUUGUCACUACGUAACUCGUCCAAGUCGAGCAAAGAUGCACUUCUGGAUCCCGGAAGUUGUGCAGCUUAUUUUCGAAUAUGUCUAUGAUCCCGAUCGAACGAAGGAGGACAGCGAGGGCCGCGUCACGGUUGCCAGCUUAGCAAGAACGUGUCGAGCAUUUAGAGACCCUGCCCUAGAUGUCCUGUGGGCUCAGCUCCACUCUUUGGAUGCACUCGUUCUCUGUUCUGGUGGGACGCGAGUCAAUGACAAUAGCCAAGUAGUUUGGGAGCGUCCACUGUACGACGCGGACUGGCGCGUUCUCGCGAGUUAUGCAAAACGUGUUCACACGCUGACAGUCUCACCUCAGUCGGAUACAUGGGAUAUCAGCACUAUGCAUAUCUUAAAUUGUUUUCCUCUUCCAGGAGCCCUCCUUCCGAGCCUUACAGAGUUGAAUUGGCUGUCCGAUCGUGAAGACUUCUUCCCCUUCUUACACUGUUUCUGUGGACCCAUGUUGAAGACACUCGGGCUUUCACCCGUCGCGUGGAGUGUUCGCAAAUGUAUCGCCAUCGCGUCGCUUGCACCGUCCUGUCCUUUUCUCGAGCAUUUUUCAUGCUUUGGCGCAGAUGAUUCAUCGAUGCAAGCAAUUAGCGAAGCAGUUGUAGGCUGGAAGAAACUGGAAGUGUUAGAGGCUGGUCCUGUGAACGAACGAGCUUUGAAGCACGCUGCCUCUUUGCACACGCUUCAAACGUUGCGUUUCUCUGCUUCAUCAGAGCUCACAUCCGACAUAUUGGAAUUUUGUUCCCCCGUUGCCGUGAUAGAGAUCGCAGCUCUCACACCAUUAUCCUUGCAAGCAUUUAUGCAAAACGUCCGUUUCUCCAUUCAGCAUUUGGACCUUCGCUGCUCGCUCUACGAUGACGUUUUCCCUCACCUUUUCUUCGCGCACCUGAAGGUAUGCAUGGUACAUCCCGAGAAACUUGAAAGUUUGACGUUGCUCGCGGGAACGACACCAAAGGAGGAUACUAACAACGAAUCGAUCGUCCUCACCCCUCUCAUGUUGCAUCCGCUCCUAUCAUUCAAAGGACUCGAACACUUGGACCUCGGACAUUCGUGCACAGCGCAUAUGGACGAUACCUUUCUCAGCAAAUUGGCCUUGUCUUGUCCUGGCCUAAAGGAGCUCUACUUGGGUGACCAGAAGGCCUGGCUCAUUGCUCCGUUGCUGACUUUUGACGGAGUCACAUCUCUCUUGAAGCACUGCCGCCAGUUGUUGUCUCUUGGGGUUUUCUUCAAUGCCACUUUCGAAAGUGAUGUCGUAUACACGGCCCCGGUUGACGCUAUCAGUCCGCAAAUCAAAAGCUUCCUUGUCGGAGCAUCCCCCAUCAAUGAACCUGUAAAGGUCACAGCAGUGUUAUCCUUUCUAUUUCCUAGUGCAUGCAUCAGUCAUUGCAUUCCCGAGGACACGCCUGAGCAACUUCACGGAAGGCUGGAAAAGUGGGAGUCAGUAGAUAAGAUGUUUGGGAUAUUUGUCGCAGCUCGGAAGCAGAGUUGGGAGCAAGGCUGGGCGGAGGGAAUGGCUGCGGUUGAGAAGAUUACCACAGCGUAAAUAUCGAUUCUGUGUACUGAACAAUCAUCCUACCGACGAUGUCCCCUAGCUCAUAGAAAUGCACAUGUCAUAUCAGGAA